GGCGCCAAGAUGGCCGACAAAACAAAGGCUUUCGAAUGGUGUACUUGAGGCCCAAGAACGACACCUUGGCCGUAUUGAACACCAAGGUGAACACCUUGGCCGUAUUGAACACCAAGGUGAACACCUUGGCCCUAUUGAACACCAAGGUGAACACCUUGACCGUAUUGAACACCAAGGGGAACACCUUGACCGUAUUGAACACCAAGGUGAACACCUUGACCGUAUUGAACACCAAGGUGAACACCAUGACCGUAUUGAACACCAAGGUGAACACCUUGACCGUAUUGAACACCAAGGUGAACACCAUGACCGUAUUGAACACCAAGGGGAACACCUUGACGGUAUUGAACACCAAGGGGAACACCUUGACCGUGUUGAACACCAAGGUGAACACCUUGACCGUAUUGAACACCAAGGGGAACACCUUGACCGUAUUGAACACCAAGGUGAACACCAUGACCGUAUUGAACACCAAGGAGAACACCUUGGCCGUAUUGAACACCAAGGGGAACACCUUGACCGUAUUGAACACCAAGGUGAACACCUUGACCGUAUUGAACACCAAGGUGAACACCAUGACCGUAUUGAACACCAAGGAGAACACCUUGACCAUAUUGAACUUGAUUAA